CACAAAAAUGUCGCCGAAGUUUUUCUCGAGUUAAGAGGAAAAGAGUAAACAUGGCGGCCAACGGCGUGAGAAGGGCUCUUCAGUCAUCGUCAUCCUCCGGGAAGAUACUCUUCGGUCGUUCAUCAGCUGCAACUUCUGCUUCGAAGAUCGGAAAAUCAGCCGGAAUUGCUUUUACGAAUGGAUCAUCUUCUUCAUCUCGUCCUUCACUUCGCAGACUCACAUUCUCCAGGGUACCUGUGGAAAUGAGUGCAGGGGUUUCACUAAUACCAUUACAUAGUGUUACUGCUUCAGCUUUGCUCACUUCAUUGCUAUCUCUCAGCAAUCAAAACUGGAGUUGCUUAUCAGAAGGAUUUGCUUCAACACUAUAACAUGGCCUGCAAAUUUUGUUAGAUUCCAAGAAACUUGUUUCAUUUCGUCGGUAUUUUGCAGUUUUUCCUGAGAGAUUGAAGAUAUCAAAAUUACCGAAAGAAACACAAACCCUUGCUUUCUUCUAAGGGCUAGUUUGUUCUGUUUAUCUAUACAUUUGUCAUCUUCCAUCAAUGAUUCCAUUACCUUCACACUUCUGCCUGGAAAUAAAACUACUCAUUUUGC